UUAAAGGCAAAUAAGAGUGAAAAUGAAAAUUUUAAAGAAACUAUACUUACAGUUGUUGCUAAUUGGUCUCCUCAUAAAUGGAAGAAAAUAUAUUUUGAAACACAGAAAUAUAAUAACGUCAUAAGUGCAGAACAU